AUGUCAGCAGCAGAACUCAAAAAGCGGCAAGUGCCACAAGUCGAUAUGAGCACCACGAACGGCGGCACGAAUCAGUCAAGAGCUAAAGCUAAAGCACGAACCAUAACGUGCCAGGAGAUAUCUGAAUGGCAGUUCGACAACAAGUAUAUCCUCAGUGGUUAUCGACGAGAGAAAGCCGACUAUCUGGAAAUCUUCACCAGCCUGACCUUUUUGCACAACGAGACUUGUAAUGUGUACACUCAUCUGGUCGGGGCAGUACUCCUUCCACUCAUAGCGUCCAUCUUCCUGCGCUUCCUGGCCGAGCCUCAAUUUCACAAUACAUCGGGUUGGGACUAUGCGAUGUUUGGAAUCUACUUUUGGUGUGCGGAGAUUUGUUUGAUCUUAAGCACGCUUUACCACCUGAUGCUACCCCAUUCGCACCCCGUAGAACAGUUCUGGCAUGGAAUGGAUCUGCUUGGUAUUGUCAUUUUGACAGUGGGCACCUUCUCUUCCGGCAUCUACUAUGUAUUCUUCUGUGAAGCGAGCUUGCAAAAAUUACACUGGGCUAUUAUCUUAACCACGGGCACUACCACCGGUGUUCUGAUCUCGCAUCCCUCGCUUCGAACGCCGCGCUUGCGGAAAGUAAAGGUGGGGGCAUUUGUCAUUUUUGGUGCUUCAUCGUCCAUCCCCCUGCUUCACGGAGUUCAGCGAUACGGGCUCGAAUACAUGCUCCAGUAUGCGGGAAUGAAAUGGUAUCUGCUCGAGCUUAGUUUCUAUGGCGCUGGAGUUAGCCUGUACGCGUUACGGAUACCAGAGCGUUUGGCACCAGGUACAUUUGAUAUUUGGGGAAGCUCGCACCAGAUUUUCCAUGUCGCUAUCUUAUGCGCAAUGUACACACACCUGACUGCCUUGCUACAAGGUUUCACAAGUUACCAUACAUUGGAUAUAUGUCAGCGUUAG